GUAGUCAUUUCAAUACUACUAGAAGGCCCCGCGGCACGGAGGUUACCCUUUGCAAUCUAGCUUCGCUACCUUGCCUUUAUGAAAGAAAACGGGGAAGCCACACCCGGUCAAAAAGUCGUGACCAUUGCCGCCUCUGAAAGUGGGUCUGACGUCGUCUUUGCUAUAAGAGCUCAACUGAACAAAGGUCGCCAGUGUUUCUACUCUUUUGGUGGUUGGUCAAGAAUCAUAAAUAUACUCUAUAUACACAAAAAGAGAUUAUAAUACCCACCACAUCUGUCGUUCCAGUUUUGCCGUUUGUGAGCGCCUCGUGAUGCACGAAAGUGUAAAUUUCCGCGCACGACCUUUAAACUCCGAGUGCGACGCGUUGAACGCCAUCUAAAGCAUGGCCGAAACAUUGGGCUCAACAUUUCUCGUCUAGGGGGU